AUGUUGGGAAGCUGUGUAUACCAUCUACUACCUGGAUCCCUCAAGGGGACAAUUUUUCUCCAGGUUGCUUCUCUUAAUGCUACUGGUUGGGCUGGUGCGCUAGGGUGUCCGGAUAAUGAAGGAUUCUUCUAUGCCGUUGGAUUGUUUGACUCUGCAUCUUCUAGUCCACCAACAAGAUUUAAAACUGUCAUCUCACAGGCGGUCAGAACAGCUCUUCAAAGUUUACUUGAGUCUAACACUUUUGAGAAUGCCGAGGAACAACUUGGUGACACCUGUAAUGGUUUCAGGUGUGACCUGGGAAACUGCUUGAAAAAAUCCCAACUGUGUGAUGGAAAGUGGGACUGUAUUGAUGGGAAGGAUGAAAAGUAUUGCAGUAUUGGAGCUGAUUGGCCUAAGUGUGAACCAAUGCCAGACAGAAAGGAGGCUUGUCUUUGUCCUCAGGGACUUGGAAAGUGUAACAACAACCUCUGCAUUCCUGGGAACAAGUUCUGUGAUGGUGUGGAUGAUUGUGGAGAUGGAUCUGAUGAAGGUCCGAACUGCAAACAGUGUAUUGAGAGAAUCAGAUUUUUCCGAAGUUGGUCGCUUUGUAAUGGAGUUGUUGACUGUAAUGAUGGAAGUGAUGAGGCUCCAGAUUUGUGCGGUUGUCCAGAGAAAACAUUCCGUUGCAACAUCAUUUCUCAAAAUUUAACCGACAAUGCUGAAUGCAGUCCGAUUGAGCAUCUCUGCAAUGGUAAAAAUGACUGUCGAUCAGGAAAAGAUGAGGAUCAUAGAACCUGUUUAACUUUGGGGAGUAAAUAUGGAGUAACUGAGAAUGAACUUAUGCAACCUCAGAAGAACUCAAAUGGGUAUCUCAAAUUCAGGAUGCAGGGUGUGUGGUAUACCUACUGCUACGAGGGUUGGACGGAUGAGAUGAGUGCUGAGAUGUGUAAAACCUUGGGAUUCAAGGAAACAAGAAUUUGGAUUCAGCAUAUUCCCGUAGAGGUGAAGGAUCUGGGUUUAAUGUUGACCGGAGUAGCGAGUAAACCUGCUAAAGUGUGCAAGCUUAUUUACAUUGUCUGCCAGUAAUAAAGACUGGAAACUAUAUUAUUUUAUCUUAUGUUAUCUUAUGUAAAUAUUUUUAUUUAUAGUUUUAAUAAAGUUUUAUUAAAUUA